AUGAGUGGUGAAGAGAUUCUUGUGUGUGCAGUACAACUUGGAGAAAAUUUCUGCCUCUAUUUUGCAGACGAUGAUGGGCUGGAAUGCGAUGCCUUUUGUAAGGAAAAAAUUCUCCAGCGAGUCCUUCGAAAUGUCAAUAGCCAGUUGCUUGUGGUUCGACCAGAUUUAAACAUGGCAGCUUUUGAAGAUGUGACAGAUCAGGAGAUGAAAUCUGGCAAAGGAAUGCACUUCAACAUUCACUAUUACAAAACUACCACACCUUCAGCAGGGAUGCCUGUUGCAUUCAGCGUCCAGGUAGAAGAUAAAAGUUAUUAUAUGUGUUGUGAGGAAGAAUGUGGAAAAACCAUAGUUCGAUUUAGGGAAGGAGAAGUUCCCAAAGAAAUUCCUGGAGAAAGUAACGUAAUCUUUUUCAAAAAGACAUUUACAUCUUAUAGCUCCAGAGCAUUUAAGUUUGAAUACUCACUAGAACAAGGAAUGUUCUUGGCCUUUGAGGAAGAAGGCUGCUUAAGAAAAUUAAUUCUAAAGAAACUGUCAAGAGAAGAUGAAGUGGAUGAAACCAUGAAGAUAAGUUUCUAACUUCAGUCAGAAU